AUGGUAGAGGGAAUUGCCAAGUAUGGUGUAGGGUUCAAGCCUCCUUCUAUGCAUGAAUUAAAGACUUGGAUUCUUAGGGAAGAAGUUGAAGAUAUUGAUAAGUAUUUGUUAGAGCAUAAGAAAGCUUGGGAGAAGUAUGGGUGUUCUAUCAUGUCGGAUGGUUGGACCGAUGGAAAUGGUAGAGUACUUCUUAAUUUUCUUGUGAAUAGUCCGGCGGGUACUUUCUUUUUGAAGUCCAUUGAUGCAUCCGGUAGUGUAAAAAAUGGUAGUUUAAUGCUAAAGUAUUUAGAUGAAGUGGUUAGAGAAGUUGGGGAAGAGAAUGUAGUUCAAAUAAUCACCGAUAAUGCAUCAAAUUAUAAAAAUGCGGGCCUUAGACUUAUGCAAAGGAGGUUGAAGUUGUGGUGGACUCCAUGUGCAGCACAUUGUAUUGAUUUUAUGCUUGAAGAUAUUAGCAAGCUAAUCAUCUUUGAGAAGACCAUUGCAAGUGCUAAGAAAGUGGUGAAGUUUCUCUAUGGUCACACAUGGGUCCUUUCUCUCAUGAGGGAAUUCACAAACAACAGUGAGAUCAUUCGUCCGGCGGUAACUCGCUUUGCAACUUCCUUUCUCACCCUUCAAAGUAUCUAUAACCAAAAACAACCUCUUCAAAUGAUGUUUAAUAGCAAGAAGUGGAUUGAUGGUCCUUUUGUAAAAAGUCAUGAAGGCAUAGGGGCUCGUGCAAUUGUUCUAUUUGAAAAGAACUUUUGGAGUGAUGUUGCAUUUUGUGUGAAGGGUGUGAUGCCAUUAGUGUGUGUUUUGAGGGAGGUUGAUUCGGAGGUAAGACCUGCUAUGGGCUACAUAUAUGAAUUGAUAGAUGCCGCAAAGGAGAAGAUUGCAUUUGGAUUGAAGAAGAACCCUAGACAUUAUCAACCAAUUUGGAACAAAAUUGAUGCAAGGUGGACUCCUCAACUACAUCAACCUUUGCAUGCUGCCAUAUAUUUUCUAAACCCUCAACUACAUUAUGAAGACAACUUCUCAACUGUUUUAGAAGUCAAGAAAGGAUUGCAUGAAUGCAUGGAUAGAAUGAUGUCAUUUGAGGAUCGGCUAAGGGCUGAUAUCCAAUUGGAGAUGUUUGAUAAAUGCCUUGGAGAGUUUGGAAGUAAGAUAGCAAUACAUUCCAGGAAGCUAAGAAGUCCAGUGCCUCUGGAUGCGAGAGGAAUUGGAAUUCACACUAAGAAAAAGAACCGACUUGAGCACAAAAGAUUAAAUGCAUUAGUUUAUGUCAAGUACAACUCUUUACUAAGGGAAAGAAACAUUAGAAGACGAGUGAAGAAGCUUGAUCCCAUUUUAGUGGAAGAAAUCGAUUCUGAUGAUGAAUGGAUAUCAGAGGUGGAAGAUCCUAUAUUGCCAAAUGAUCUCUCUUGGCUUGAAGAAGGUGUGUUUGAGGUGGAAGCUAUAAGGAAUGUACCGAUUGAAUGUUAUGAACAAAAUUUGUCAACUAGAGUUCCUAUAUGUGUAGAGCUACUAGAUGAGCCAACAAUAGAUGAUGUUCCUUUGUCGGAUGAUGACAUGAGAUUUGAUGAGCCCUCUUACGCACCUUCUUCUAAAAGGAAGAAUGUUGAAAGCUCAAGUAAAGAAAAAUCCAAAUCCAAGAAGAAAAUGAAAACAUUGGAUUCAUUACUUAGGAAUGAAGAUGAGAUUGAAGACCUUAUUUUACAUCCACAUAUUGAUGCGUUGAACAUUGAUGAUGUAAUGAUAUUCAUGUGGGUGUGA